AUGAACGAUGUGGCUAGUCUGGGAGUAGGUUCUGUUGCUGGAGCUGCGGUCUCGGAGCUCCUGAAAGUCGUGAUUGAAAUGGCUAAGAUGGUGGCUGCGUUCAAAGAGAAGUAUAUGGAGCUCGCAUCGACGUUGGAGGACAUGCGUCCGAUAAUCGAAGAUAUCGAAAGGUUACAAGGUUCUGGAGAACUAAAGAAAUUCAUAGAUUUAAUCAAUGAAGCUCGUGUACUGGUUCGGAAGAGUUCAAAAGUCAAGCGGUGGAAUCUACCUGCAAGAGUUAAAUACACAAGAAGAAUAGACGACAUCAACCAGAGGAUGCGAAAUUUCUGUCAGAUUCAAGUGCAGCUUCUUAUACUUCGAAACCAAAAUGUGAUUAUGAGUCAACUUACAACAUCCUUUUGUUCCCCGUCGUUGUCUCCCAAGCCGUCAGACAUGCUGCCCGUGCAUACGAUGAAAGCCCUGCAGAGUCAUCUCCAAAGUAUCAAUAACAAACUCGAUGUUUUGAGUGUUUCUCCGCCUGUUUAUAAGGAUCUUUGUUCGGUCCCAAAGCUUGAUAAAGUUUUAGUUGGUUUGGAUUUGCCAUUGAUGGAGAUAAAGAAGAAGCUCCUUGAUGAUGAUGAUUCAGUGGUUAGUCUCGUGGUCUCUGCUCCACCGGGGUGCGGGAAAACAACAUUAGUUACUCAGCUUUGCCAUGAUGGAGGGAUCGAAGAAAAAUUCGAGUAUAUCUUCUUUUCCGAUGUGUCAAAGGUUCCUACCUUCAGGACCAUAGUACAGACUUUACUACAGCACAACGGUUACGAAGCAACUACAUUUGAGGACGAUUCUGAAGCAGUUGAUGGCUUAAGAAAUCUGCUUGAGGAACUUAAAGAAGAGGGUCCUAUAUUGUUGGUGCUGGAUGAUGUUCCCCAAGGAGCAGAAUCCUUGCUUCAGAAAUUUCAGAUUAACAUACCUAAUUUCAAGAUUUUGGUGACUUCUCGGUUUGAGUUUCCGAGCUUUGGUCCUACUUAUCAUUUGAAACCUUUGGGAGAUGAAGAUGCUAAGUCACUUCUCAUUGAGCGGGCAUUUCCACGUUAUUACACGAAAGCACUUGACCAUGAAGAUCUUCUACAUAAGAUUUUGAAACCUUGCUAUGGAAUUCCACUCUUGAUUGAAGUAAUUGGCGUUCAACUUGUAAAAAAAUAUGUAAAUUGGGUCAGGGCAACAUUAUUGGUGGUUUCUUAG